GGGCCGGAGGGAGUGUUGGAUUAAACGCUGGAACAGCCUGGUUUAGCUUUUGAAUGGGAAAAAAAAAAACGAGGAAGAAGGAUCACUGUUGUUUGCAAAGAAGGAGGAAAAACGGGGGAUAAAAAAGAAAGAGAGAGAAAGACAAGCAGACAGACAGAGAGAGAGAGAGAGAGAGAGAAAAAACACGGCCCAUCCAGAAACAUAGCAUACAAAUACGUACACACAUAUAUAUCUAUAUAUAUAGCUAAUGAAAUUUAAAUGUCCCGCUGAAUGAAAAGACAACUGUGUUUGAUCCAGAGAACAAAAAACUAGGAGGGCUGGCCGUUGUUAAGAGAGACAACAGCAGUAAUUCCCUGAACGUGGUGCAAGCGAAGGAAUCCAUUUGGAAGUGGGGAAAAAAAAAAGACGAGACACGAUCCGGUGGUUUGCAAUGCAAUCUUUCGAAAGACACGUUUUAAGAAAACAGGCACUGCUUUGAACUCCGCUCUGAAAACAACAACAAUAAUAAUAACAAACAAACACAUUUAGUGGAUGUUUGUUUCUGUUUUUUUUUUUUGCAUUCAGAAAAAAAAAAAAAACCGUAUGUAUUUUGGAAUACCCUCAGAUUCACUGCGCUCGCUUUUUCUGGGUACAGAGGUCGCUGAGCCCGCGUGAUUCUCACUUUUAAGGGUUUCGGCCGUCCUUCAAAAUAGAUUCUCUGAGGAGCAGGGUCGACCUGUUGAAGCUGCCCUUGUCUCUGUCGGCCAAGGCGGUCGCCGCCCGCAAACUGAAAGAGGGGGGCUCGGGGUCUCGAGGGGGGGGAGGCGGAGGAGGAGGAGGGAACAGCCGCCCCCGCAAGAUCAGCGGGCAGCGCAGCGGAGAGGAGACACGAAGGGGGCGAGACAUGGACAACGAAUCUCAGUACUCUGGGUACUCCUACAAGUCUGGACACUCCCGCAGCUCGAGGAAGCACCGGGAUCGCAGGGACAGGCAUCGCUCUAAGAGCCGGGAUGGAAGUCGGGGUGACAAGUCUGUGACGAUCCAGGCUCCAGGGGACCCCCUGCUGGACAAUGAGUCGACGAGAGGAGACGAGCGAGACGACAACUGGGGCGAGACGACCACGGUGGUGACCGGCACCUCGGAGCACAGCGUGUCCAACGAGGACCUGUCCCGCAUCGCCAAGGACGUGGACGAGUCGGCAGCCCCGGACUGCAGGCGCUACCUGGGGCCCGCUCUGUCUGGGGCCCUGGGCCUGUUCGCCUUCCUCACUCCCGUCGCUUUCCUCCUCCUCCCUCAGCUCCUCUGGCGGGAUGACCUGGACCCGUGCGGGACCCCCUGCGAGGGUCUCUACGUCUCCCUGGCCUUCAAACUCCUGGUCCUGCUCAUCGCGUCCUGGGCUCUGUUUCUCCGCCCGCCCCGGGCCGCUCUGCCCCGAGUUUUCGUCUUCCGCUCCCUCCUCAUGGUGCUGGUCUUCCUCUUCGUGGCGUCCUACUGGCUGUUCUACGGCGUGCGGGUGCUGGAGCCGAGGGAGCGCGAUUACCGGGGGAUCGUGGAGUACGCUGCCUCCCUGGUCGACGCCUUGCUGUUUAUUCAGUACCUCGCGAUCGUCCUGCUGGAGAUUCGGCAAAUCCAGCCGGCCUUCAGCGUCAAAGUGGUGCGCACGACCGACGGGGCGAGCAAGUUUUACAAUGUCGGGCACCUCAGUAUCCAGCGGGCGGCCGUGUGGAUUCUAGAGCAGUAUUACAGUGACUUCCCCGUGUAUAACCCGGCCCUGCUCAACCUCCCCAAGUCCAUCCUCUCCAAAAAGAUGUCUGGGUUUAAAGUCUACUCGCUGGGGGAAGAGAACAGCACCAAUAACUCGACUGGUCAGUCCAGAGCGAUGAUCGCGGCCGCGGCUCGGAGGAGAGACAACAGCCACAACGAGUAUUACUAUGAGGAGGCGGAGAUGGACCGCAGGGUACGCAAACGAAAAGCCAGGCUGGUGGUGGCGGUAGAGGAAGCCUUCACCCACAUCAAGCGGCUCCAGGCAGAGGAUCAGAAGAACCCGCGUGAGGUCAUGGACCCCCGCGAGGCGGCCCAGGCGAUCUUCGCCUCCAUGGCCCGGGCCAUGCAGAAGUACCUUCGCACCACCAGGCAGCAACCCUUCCACAGCAUGGAGGGGAUCCUGCAACACCUGCAGUUCUGCAUCUCCCACGACAUGACGCCCAAGGCUUUCCUGGAGCGCUACCUGACUCCCGGCCCCACGGUGCAGUACCACAAAGACAACACCGCGGGGCGCCAGUGGACGCUGGUGAGCGAGGAGCCAGUGACGUCGGCGCUGCGGGAGGGGGUGGUCUUCGCUCUCAAGAGGCUCGACUUCUCCCUCGUGGUGACGGCGAGGAGGAUCCCCUUCCUGCAGGUGCGCGAGGAGUUCGUGGACCCCAAGAGCCACAAGUUCGUCAUGCGGCUGCAGUCGGAGACCUCCGUGUGAAAGACGGGAGGCGUCCUGGUUUCGAAGGAGAGCGACAGAGGCGGGAAAUUUAUUUGUUUUUGGUUUUUUGUCUCCACGCAGUAGUGUGUGUUUUGAGGUGACUGUGGAGUUUGCCUGUUUGGAAAUUUUAUGUUUUGAAGACCAAUGUGAAGUGUUCAGUGCUUUUUUUUUUUUUAGAAAAAAGUCUCUGAAAAGAGUCUUGGAAUAAGGGUGAAUGAAAUGUUUUGGGCUGGGGGUUCGGUGUGGAUGCAGAAAAGGCUAGCUGUGCCGUUUUCAGGGGGAACACGAAGCCUCUUUGUCUGGCUUGGGACCUGGUUUCAGGAGACUGGUUCAGCAGGCAGGGAGACUCUGGGUUUGAUACAGCCUCCUCAAACUGGGUCUCCCGUUGGACUGGGACCAGGUUUCAAGCAGUCGCUCGUUCCUGAAGAAACAGCAGCUUAGUCUUCCUCUCUUACGACUGUACUGCGGCCUUAAUUUCUAAGAAGUUUAGUAAGAACAGCGUUUGUGUUUGUGUGUGUGUGUGUGUGUGCUAAAAAAUUGAGUCAUAUGCUUUUCAUCUUUUAAUUCCUUUUUGUUUUUUUAAUGACGCAAGUCAACUUUUGUUAUUCAGAGUUUAUCAACCCUAAGAUUUGAAAGAACUAUUGAUUUUAUUAUUAAUGUAGCCAAGACAGCUUUUCAGUAAAAUGAGAGAGAGAGAGAAUGAGAGACACUCUGUUUUUUUUGUUUUUUUUAAUUCUCUCAGUAAAAUUCUAGUAAA